UCUGACUAAAGUGUGCGUUCAAACAACCUGCAUUCUUAUAAACGGGAAGGUUUUUGCUGGAUAACAUGUUACGCACGAUCUUUUUGCGGUCGCAUUAUAAAGACGUUCAUUUGCGCGUAAUGGAGUUAUGUUUCGUCUGCUCGCUGUCGUGUCGUGUGUGAUGUUAUUGUGAGAGACUAUGCGCUCUUCAGGAUGGGUGCGAACAAUGGCAAACAGUAUGGAAGUGAAGGAAAGGGCAGUUCCAGUAUCUCCUCCGACAUGAGCUCCAGCACCGAUCACACACCCACCAAAGCUCAGAGAAAUGUGACUACCAGCGAAGAUUCGGAUCUGAGUAUGAGGACACUUAGCACUCCAAGCCCCGCCCUCAUUCUGAAUCCAAACCCUUCCUCAUUUUCCACUCAAGCAGUCCCGAAUGGUCAUGAAACCUCAAAAUCAUUCAUCAUUCAUGGUGAAACUGUUGCUCUGGUGCACGCACCUCCAGGGUCACACUCACACCCUUCCAAACCUGCUCACGUUGCCCUCAUCGAUGCUCUUCCAGAUCCCGUUUUACUGCACGUCUUCUCUUACCUGUCCACCCCUCACCUGUGCCGCUGCGCUCGAGUGUGCCGUCGCUGGUAUAACCUGGCCUGGGAUCCACGGCUCUGGAGUGCCAUCUGUCUUACCGGAGAGCUGUUGAACGCUGACCGGGCUCUUAAGGUUCUUACUAACAGGUUAUGUCAGGACACUCCCAAUGUUUGUUUGACCUUGGAGACGGUUGUAGUCAGCGGCUGUCGGAGGCUUUCUGAUCGUGGGCUUCGUGUGAUAGCUCAGUGCUGUCCAGAGCUCCGGCGUUUGGAAGUUGCUGGUUGCUAUCACGUGUCCAAUGACGUUGUGUUUGACGUGGUAUCCCAGUGUCCUAAUCUGGAGCACCUAGAUGUAUCAGGUUGUCCUAAAGUGACCUGUAUCAGUCUGACUGAGGAGUCUUCUCUUCAGCUCAUACCAUUACACGGACAGCAGAUUGGUCUGCGUUAUCUGGACAUGACAGAUUGUGUAUCAUUGCAGGACAAAGGCCUGAGGACCAUCGCCUUUCACUGUCCGCGUCUCACGCACCUCUACUUGAGACGCUGCAGUCGUCUGACAGACGAAUCAUUUCGACAGCUGGCUCUGCACUGCACCUCUUUACGUGAGCUCAGUCUCAGUGACUGCUUUCUGGUGGGAGACUUUGGUCUGCGUGAAGUGGCUCGUCUGGAGGGUCGUCUGCGGUAUUUAAGCGUAGCGCACUGCAUGCGCAUUACAGACGUUGGACUGCGCUAUGUGGCGCGCUACUGUCCACGGCUUCGUUACUUGAAUGCACGCGGCUGUGAGGGAUUAACGGAUCAGGGUUUGGGUCACUUAGCUCGUAGCUGCACCAGACUGCGCUCUCUUGAUGUUGGUCAUUGCCCGCUGGUGUCAGACGCUGGACUGGAAGUGUUAGCGCGGUGUUGUGAGGGGCUUCGAAGGCUGAGUCUGAGGGGCUGUGAGAGUGUGACGGCGAGAGGACUGACCGCGCUGGCAACCGGAUGUGCUGAGCUUCAGUUACUAAACGUACAGGAGUGUGACGUGUCACCUGAGGCUCUUAGACUGAUCAGACAGCACUGCAGACAAUGUGUGAUAGAACACACUAUACCUGCUUUCUACUGAGAGGACACAUGUGGACCUUUGACACGUAGAUCUAGAUCAUAUGUGACUUUCUAUGACUUGAGACACAGCUGGACCAAAGGCUGUGCCAUGAUCUACCAUUUCAAGAUCUACAUGACAUAUACUGUAUAGUAUUUAUCACAUGAAACAUUGUGUAAUUGUCACUGUACAAAAGUUUGUAUUUUACCAAAUGUUUUAACUAGGUUUGUUUAAACGAAGUUCUUGUGCCGU